CAUUGCCGCGUUUAAAAUCAUGCUUUGCAAUGCCAAAUAAUUAUUCUCGUGUUUUUGGCAGUUGACAUUUUUAUUAGUUUGAAAAACAUUAACGAAAAGCUUUAGCUACAAUUCUUUAACAUUUUCGAUCAUUAGUAAUAGUCGGUGCUGCCCUCAUUGGUUUCCACGAGUGACGUUAUCUAAUGAAUCUCUUUAAAUUGCAUUUCGUUGUAUUGCGCAUAAUCAGGGAGAAUUGUUCUUUGACUUCUUGGAAACGGUGUUGCGUUCUGCAUUUGAGUGUUUUUCUCUUGUUGGCACGGUUGUCAUUUUAAUUCACCCAGGAAUAUCCUUAAGUUGAAUAUUCCCGAGUUGCAUUUGCAAUACGUGUUCAGUGUCGACUAUAGUUGUAGAUACUGACGUAUGCGUCAGAUGUCAUAAAUAGAGGCGUGAGUGUAUCUCGUUCAGCAAUUGGGUUUCAAACAUGGAUAAGACAGGGAACGAAGUGGCAAUUUCGCCUUUGCGUAGCUUAGAUGAUUUUCUUCUGGAAUCGGCCCGUUUUCAAGUUCCAAAUUUCAAAGAUUUAGAGAAAUGGGGAAACAGGGUGGUGAACAAUCUGUUGUAUUAUCAGACAAAUUACUUUAUGCUUGCCAUUGUAAUUUUCUUGAUUGUAGGGUUGUUGCAUCCUGUUCAGAUGUCAUGUGGAGUUAUUGCUAUCUCCAUUGCAUUCGGAUUAUUUUAUUACUUCACAAAUGCAACUCCAUCAGCUGCUAGAAUCAAAAAAGACUAUCCAAUUCUUAGUGUGAUUCUCAUUUUGGGUGGUGGUUAUUUCAUUGUGUAUUUGCUUGGUUCUGUGGUAGUCUUUUUGUUUGGAGUUUUGUUGCCUGUAAUGGUUAUAUUUGUUCAUGCAUCUUUGCGCCUUAGAAAUAUGAAGAACAAACUAACUAAUAAGCUGGAAAUCAUUGGCUUAAAACGAACGCCAAUGGGAAUUUUUCUUGAAGCCCUUGGUAUGGAACAAGAGAUCUUUUCUUAAAUGGAAAGUGCAUUCUGUGACUUAACUUACAGAAUUGCACCAUAUUUGUGCAUUGUCUGACAUAUGCCUUAGCAUGUAUUGUGAAGGAGUAAUAAUGAAAUUCCUCUAGACAUGUGUUAAUGUUUUUAGUGAUACACUGUGUAUGCUGGUGUCAUGUUGUUGCUCCUUGUAUAGUUACCCUGUCAAAAUGUCAGCUUGAUUCUUCUGUAAAUCUAAAUCUCAUUGAAGUCUUAAUCAUAAAAAUAUAAGUAUAUUAGAGUAUUAUAAUUUAAUGAGGUUACAAGUGGCUACUGUACAAUUAAUAUAACUAUAAUUUAUUGAGUUUUGUAAUGUUGCUUUUAAGUAUUGGAUUACAAAAUGAAUUAAAAACUUUCCUUUGUGUGGUUAUCAUUGCAUAUUUGCCCUGCUCUUACAAUUUUUCUUUUUUUGUUUGGAAACUACUAAUUACGAAUUGAACGUGCAAUAUUGCAAUACUGUGAAUGUUAACAUAAUAAUGCUGAAAGAGCUGCUUCAUAUGCAUCAAUUAGCAUCAUUAAGUAUUUGUUUCAGGGGAUUGGGACCUUAUUUUUUUCUUGCCUUUUCAUAAUUCUGUUUUGUUUACAAAUGCAAAUCUAACAGCUUUUUAUGUUUCUUAUAGCUGCAUGGCAUUAUACGGCUGAAACGCACUAUAGAAGAGUAGAAGCUGAAUAUAGCAAACGAAAGUAAAUGAUUUGCUGAAUUACAAAAAAAAAAAUAAAACAACACUUGAUCUAUUGGCCUGCAAGAUAUGUUGAAACGAGCACUGUGAAAAUUAAAAACUGACGGAAUUGAUCUAAAGAAUCUUUCAACAUUGCAAUACUGUUUUUGUUUAAAUCUUAAAAUUAAUUUUAUUAUAUAUGGUUGUUAUAAUAUUUAAUAGAUAACUGAUGGAGACUGCUGACAAAGCAAAUUUUAAGGUUACAGUCAUAGUGGAUCUUUCUUACAUAUAGAUUAGUUCCUCAAAGUGUGCACUUGCUGCAUUGUAUUUUUGAUGCAAUAUGGAAAUAUAAUGUAAGAAGUUUUUAUGUCUUCCACGAUAAGCAUUUCAAAAUUGAUGUGCUCUUGAUAUUCAGAAAUAUUUAUUUUUUAUAUUAAUAUGCCAAAGGGAAGCUUUAAAGUUGCUUACAUUGCUGUGUUACUGCAUGUUAGAUAUUGCACUGCUUUUGGACCCGAAUACUAUAUAAUACACUGAUAAUAAAAUUUGCAUUCUUGGUUAUUCAAGUGUAGUGAAAAUAUGUGUUAUUGACAAUCUUGUGUCCAUACAAGUACCAUUUUAUUGACUGAUGUAUGUAUAAAUACUUUUUAUCUUAACAUUAUAGUAUGGAAAUAUCAAUAUGGCAGGAAACAUCCAAGAUGUGUUUUAACCAUGCUAUUUUCUCUCUGCUUAUGUAGUGCACUGACUUGAGUAUCGUAUAAAAACUUUCUUUAUCUGGUUCACUUCAACAAGAAUGUUAAUACAUUGUUUCAUUUGAUAAAUUUGAGGUGUGUUUGUAUCAAGUUGGUUUACAGAUACUUGUAAACAUCACAGGAAGAGUGACAACCCACGGAUAUUAAUAAUCCAGGCAAGUCUACACUUCUGUCUCUCAAAUAAAUCUUCAUGCUUUCUUUUUGUAUAGUAGUACUAAACAUUUCUUCUUCAAAACUGUCUGAAUCCUGCCUACUCUGCCAUUACUAAUGUAAUUAUAUGAUAAUAUAGAUAGUUGUGAGAGGAAAAUAUCAUUAAAAAGAUAUUAAUUGCUCACAGAGUUAAAAAAGUAUUGUAGCACACUAGUCUAAUUAGAGAGAAGUUGAACCAAGAGUGUAGAAUCUAUUGGUUUCUAGUUAGAAAUGAAAUUGGGUGUAUUUAUUUGUGCCUUAAACUUGCGUGCUUACAUUAAUUAUAAAUAUUCACUAGUGAAAACAUUCGAAGUGUUUAUUUUUUUCCUAUCUUCAAAAUUUGAAAGACUUUCAAAAUCAUGAUGGAUUUGAAAUAAAAUAUUAUUUUCAUACUCCAAGCUUUUUGUGUAUUUAGAUGAUUAUAUAUUUUACUAGUCAUGUGGAUACUUAUCAACCUAAUGCUUUGUAAAAUUUAAUUUAAUCUUUGCUUGCCAUAUGUCAAUAAUAGCUUACAUCUGUUUUUUUAGUAUUUUUUCUAUCAGGUGUAUUAUGAUUGAAUUUGCUAUUAUGAAUAUUAUUUAGACUUUGAUUUUGCCCAAUAUUUAUUGUCUUGUUUAAUGUAAUAAAUUUUUUAUUUGGAAAGCAUAAUGUUCAUGUUAAUCUAAU